UUCUCUCGUUACUACAAGUCGUACCUUGUCGCCCGCCGUAAUCAGCUGACCUUGUCGUCAAGCAUCACACUCUUUUUACAAGUCUCUUAUCAGACUACACACAUUCUUUCAAGAUGGCCAUGUACAAGUUCGCCGCGGCCGCCCUGGCCCUCUCCACCGGUGCCACUGCCCACCGCUUCAACUUCGUGAACGGUCUCAACAGCACCACCACCACCACCGAGGCUGGCGCCACAACCACCAUCGCCUCGGAGACCAACACGGUGCCUUCGCACACCAGCACCUUCUGGGGCAACACCACCACAACCACAACCAGCGCUCAGGAUGGUUCCAUGACCAUCACCACCUCCUCGGUCCCCAUGACAACCUCGACCGUCUUCACCACCACCACCCGCACCAUCACGGACUGCCCCGACACCGUAACGGACUGCCCCGCUGGUGGUAUCACCGUCACCGAGACCGUGCCCGCCUACACCACCGUCUGCCCCAUCACCGAGGAGCCUUCGAUGACCACCUCCACGGUCUACACCACCACCACACGCACCGUCACUGACUGCCCUGAUGAUGUCCCUGACUGCCCCGGAAAGGGCAGCGUUGUCACCGAGACCAUCCCCAUCUACACCACCGUCUGCCCCAUCACUGAGGAGCCUGAGAUGACCACCUCCGCCGAGGAGCCGGAGAUGACCACCUCCACCGUCUACACCACCACCACCCGCACCAUUACCGACUGCCCCGACAAUGUCCCUGACUGCCCCGGAAAGGGUGGUGUUGUCACCGAGACUAUCCCUCUCUACACCACCGUCUGCCCCGUCACCGACGUUCCUGCUGAGCCUACCGAGGAGCCCCAGCAGCCUGGUGAGGGUGACGACGAGGAGUGCACUGAUGUCAUCACAACCACCACCGGUACCAAGACCAUCACCAAGACACUCACCGUCCCCGCCGACGAGCCCACCAAGACCCCUGAGCAGCCCGUCUGCCCUGGCUCCCCCGACUGCCCCGUCGAGGAGCCCCAGACCACGGAGACUCCCGAGACUCCUGAGCAGCCCGAGCCCACUGAGACUCCUGCCCAGCCCGAGCAGCCUGAGACCCCUGAGCAGCCCGUCUGCCCCGGCCACCCCGACUGCCCUGCCGAGGAGCCCAAGCCCACCACUCUGGUUUCCGUUCUGCCCACCAACAACGGCACCAUCCCCGAGCCUACCAAGCCCACCGCUCCCGUUCAGCCCACUGAGAGCGCCCCUGUUUCCGGCGCUGUCAAGAUGGGCUCCUCGCUCCUCAUGGUCGUCGCUGCCGUCGCUUUCUUCUUGUAAGAAACUGGCACUAGCAACGUGCUGAUUCUGCCCAAGGAGCGGCGUGGAGAGGAUGUAUAUCUUGGAUAUCGGUAUUUAGGAUCUUAUUCCUCUUCUAAUGCAUAUUGUUUAUUACCCUUUCACUUCGGCCUGUCCAUACUUUCGAUCUUGGUG